GUGAUGUAUUUCCGUCCGUUAACUUCACAGUUUUGGUGCUGCUGCUGGCUGCUGAUAGCCGAGUAGAAGAACCUCGUCCCGGAUGGUGGUGUACUGUGAUCACGUCGAAAACUCACCACCGGCACCAGCGAAUUGGGCCACACGACAGAAUGCCCCAACGUAUGUCGUGAAGCAUUGACGAAGCAGUAGGUCGUAGUCGAGGAGCUUUUGAUUUUUUAUAUUUUUCUUUUUUUUUGAACGGCGGCCACACAAGGGACGUGGAGAGUUAAAUUUACAUAUAUAAAAACAGCUCAUGAUGUUUCAAGUGUUAGCUUGUGGCGCCGUAGUUUUCCCCGGCUUGUUCUUCGCCUUUAGAAAGAUCCUGCCUAGAGUAUUCAAGCAUUGGAGUGAUGCCGACGUGGUGCUCGUUAGCGAAAGGGUUGUGUCCUCCAUCCAUGCUGUCAUGGCAACCACAGCAGGAGCUGUGGUCGUGUCGUCAUGCAGGGGCAACGUCAUCGAUGACAGGCACUGGCUGGCCACCCACUUUGUCAUCUGGUUUGGUGUUCCCUACAUGACGUACGAUCUCCUGGCCAUGUACCUCAGCCACUACCAUCGCUUCCGUGUCAAAGGGCACGAGGAAUACAAGCACCACUCUCUAGGGACAGUGAACUCUUUCGUCCGGCGGGAGUUUCUGCUGGUGUUGCAUCACAUCGCUCUGCUCACCGUCUUGUUGCCAGUCGCGUUGUUCUACCGAAAGGACAAGGGCGAUUUCUUCAUUGGGUGCUUGUUUCUCACCGAGCUCAGCACUCCCUUCGUCUCUCUAGGGAAGAUACUGAUUCAGUUGGGCCUCCAGGAAGGUUGGCUGCACAAGUUCAACGGCAUCAUGGUGUUGCUCACCUUCUUCAUGUGUCGCAUCGCCCUCUUCCCCUACAUGUACUGGGCAUAUGGCCGUCACUACAGCAUCCCGCUCUACGCUGUGCCCUUCAACCUUUCGCUCGCCGCCAACCUAGGGAACGCUUGCAUCCUGGCGCCACAGGUCUACUGGUUUGUCCUGCUGUGCCGAAAGGGCUAUCGCCUAUACCAGCGCAGUCGGCAGCCGCCCUCACCGCCGGCCAAGGAUCAGUGAUUUCCGGUCGCUGUAGUCGCCCACUAACUUAAAACUACUGUACUUGUCAUGUCCGACCACCAUGUUGCUGUAGUCCAGGAGGACCAUCGGCGUUUUACCCCCCCGCACAAUUUCACCCUUCCCAUUUGGAAUCUGCUGCUAACAGCGGACCUCCACAGAAACUACUACUGAUGAUUUUGCAGGUCCGUUAGGGCGUGAGCGAUCGGCCGCCAUGACAGGUAUUUGUGAUCUUUUGCAAGAGAUGCGGCUCUCUGUCGUAUUUCCGCUGUCUCAUUUUACUAAUCCAUUUCAGUUGUUCCUUCCAUUUUCAAUUGGCUAUCCAAAAUUACGAAAGUGACUUUUUUUUUUUGUUUGUUUUGUUUGU